GUAAUGUUCAUUUGAGUAGCGAGAAGUUCUCAAGGAUUACAAGCAGACCCAACCCAGCCCGCGAGACAGCCGCCGGCCCAUCCCCACCGUGCACCCCCUUCUCUCCCUGAGCCGUAGAGAAGUCCCAGCAGGUUGCCCGCCGCCGCCGUUGCUGCAGAGUUAACCGAGAUCCGAUUGUCCCAUCACGAGGAGAUUUGAACGUGAUGCGUGUCAUUUUCUGUUCUACAGUGAUGCAAUUGGGGAGUCGGCACUUCGCAUAGCCAAGGCUUUUGUUGAAGCCGAUUUAGUCGUUAGGGAUUCGCAGGGAUGGUUGUGUGGCAUAGGUGCCUUCGUUCGGUUAUUCGGCAAGUUGGCUUAAAGAUUGAGCAAAAUCGGUGCAAUAGUGUCUUUUUACACAGUACAUUUACAAAGCCUUCUCCUUUACAUGACCAAUUAACUCAUACCAACAAAGUAUGUGACAUUUUCUCAAGAAGAAUUCCUGGGCCUUUUUUUCAAUUCUUCCAACAUGAGGGGUUUUUUAGUUCAAGGAACUUAUUAGCAGAUGCUGAAAACAUGGAGCCUGUAUCUUCCCCUUUAACACCAGUUUUGGGAGAUAGCGGACAAGCUAACAAUAAGGGUUUGGGCCCUAAAUCUUCAACGGUUCAGGCUAUUAAAAAAGAUAUAAGACAGAGCCCAAAGAAGGUAAAUUUAGUGGCUAAACUGGUUCGAGGAAUGCGCGUCGAAGAUGCUCUCUUACAGUUACAAGUUCUGGUUAAAAGAGCUGCAAAGACUGUUUAUCAGGUCAUCCACUCUGCCCGUGCCAAUGCUUCACAUAAUCAUGGUCUGGAUCCUGACAAGCUAAUAGUUGCUGAAGCUUUUGUUGGGAAAGGAAUUUAUCUGAAGAGAUUAUCUUACCAUGCAAAAGGAAGGUCUGGGAUAAUGGUUAGGCCUAAAUGUCGCCUGACUGUGGUGGUAAGAGAGACCACCCCUGAAGAGGAGGCCAAGAUUGCCAAACUGAGAGUUAUGAACUACAAGAAGCUUACGAGAAAGGAGAAGCAGCUUGUUCCCCACCAACUCAUUGAGAUCACACCGAGGUGGAGCAGACAAAGGAUGGAUGAAGCUACCUAAUUUUCUUAGAUUUGCUUCCUUUCUUCUCCAUUUUUCUACAUCUUCGCUUCGUUUAGGAUUGCUUUCUUACUGCUUCUUAAAGUAACUUUUUAGUAAAGAAGUAAAAUUUUUAUCUUAAAAAGAUGCUUUAAGAAGCAGUAAGAAAGCCG